CCCCGCGGCGGGCGGGCGCGGCGCGCCGUGUUCGUGCUGCUGGCGCUGUGCGCCGGGGCGCUGCUGCUGGCCGGGCAGCCCCUGGUGCCCACCGCCCGCAGCCUCUCCUUCCACUUCGCCACCCUGCAGAUCGGGGAGCUGCUCAGGGGCGCCUGCUACCUGGCCGAGGAGAUCUUCCACCUGCACUCCAGGCACCAUGGCAGCUUCUGGAGGGCCCUGAGCACCUGCUUCCCCCCAGGCUGGCAUGGGCCCAUGCUGCUCAUCUGUGGCUCAGCCUACGUGGCUCUCUUCGGUGAUGGGCAGCCACUUGGCCUCCACUUCAUCCUGGCCAGCCUGUGCCAGCUCCUCAUCCUUGCCCUGGGGCUCCAGAAGCCCUCAGCAGUGGAGAUGUCUGAGAUGUCCGAGAGGUCCAAGCAGAACGUUGCUCAUGGGCUUGCCUGGUCCUAUUAUAUUGGGUACCUAAAAAUAGUCCUGCCACGGCUGAAAAAGUCCAUGGAGGAAUUCAGCAGAGGCAAUCCCAACCUGCUGGCGUGCAGGAAGACCUGGAAGCUCCACAUCUUGGUCCCUCUGAGCUGUGAUGUCUAUGAUGACCUGGAGAAAGCUGACAGCAAUAUCCAGUACAUGGCAGACCUCACUGAAACCACCCUGGCCCGAGCUGGCACCAAAAAGAGGGUCUACAAACACAGCCUCUAUGCAAUCAGGGAUGAAGAAAACCAGCUCUGGCACUGUGCUGUGGAAUAUGCCACCCCGCUGCAGUCCCUCUACGCCAUGUCCCAGGAUGAGUGCGCUGCCUUCAGCCGGGAGGAGCGCCUGGAGCAGGCCAAGCUCUUCUACAGGAGCUUGGAGGAGAUCCUGAAAGGCUCCAAGGAGUGUGCAGACACCUACCGGCUCAUUGCCUACGAGGAGCCAGAAGAAGCAGAGACCCAUUUUUUGUCCAGAGAGAUCGUGUGGCACUUGCGGCAGGAGCACCAGGAGGAGAUCGCCAUGCUGGAGGGGAGCCACCCGCACAGCCCGUGCACGGCCCUGGACUCGGCAGAGCUCAACCUGCAGAUCAGCGUGUCAGACCUGCCGCAGCCCCUGCGCACUGACGGCUUCUAACACACAGCCCUCACUGCUCCUCGGGGCUCAGGUCACCUUCCCCCAACCCCUUCCUCUUGGAGCCUGUGCUGUCCAUGGCUGCGACCCCCAGCUCCCACCCAAACCUCCUGUGCACCGCGGUUACUGGAGAGCUGACUCAGCCCACAGCCCUGUGACAUGCUUCCCAUUUUCUUUGUUAUGUACAGCUCAUACGUUCUUCUGUGGGUGUAUUGUUUUUUUAAUCUGCUUUGAUUGCUGUCAUAUAAAGCAUUUUCCU